AGCGCCGGCCUGCAGCAGCUGGAGGGGGGGGACCCGGCUGGGGAGGAUGCCCGCCACAUCUGGGACCGGGCCCUGCCGCUCUGGGAGCUACUGGGGGAGGAGGAGACUCGGACGGUCAAGGCCACGUUUGGCAUCUCUAAGGUGUCGGACUCCACCCUGAAACGCUUUGGCGUGCGCUACCUCAGGACUGCCCGCACCCUGGUCUUCCCCUGGUUCAACCCUCGCGGCACCGGACUGAAGGGCCUGAAACUACUGGGGGCCGAGUGCCAGGGGGACACGGUACUUUACGUGGAGAACACUCUGCCCCGGCCGAGCGCCUAUCACAACCUCUUCGGGUUGCCCCUGAUCGGCCGCAGAGACACAGAGGUGGUGCUGACAGGCCGGGAGCUGGACACCCUGGCAUUGCACCAGGCAACUGGCUUGCUUACUGCCCCGUGGGGUCACUUGCCUGCCUCCCGUCCUGCUUCCCUAUCUAGAGCAGUUCAAGCGCAUCACACUGUGGCUGGGUGAGG